AUGAUUGAAGCUUUUGCUUUUAAUACUCAAGUAAUAUGUUUACCCGAUUUAACUGAUCUAAUCAAAAAUGCAAAAGCCAAAUUAUUGAAUGAGGAAAAGGGAAAACAAGUAAUUAAUGCAGAUACAGGGUUCAAAAGUACAUUCAAUCUUGCUAAACCACCAACAAAAAGUAGUAUGAAAACUGACAAAAAGGGAGCUGGGGAGCACAAAAAAGUAAAUUUCGGUCAAACUUCGGGAUCUAAACAUAGCCCUUCUCAAUCCAGAAAAGGGCCGAUAGAGAAACCCUUAGAUACAGCUACGACUUCUGGAAGAGGAGAAAUAGAGGAGGAGGGCUACGAUUCGGAUAAGGAGGUACCUAAACGUUUCGGCUGUUUUGGAUUGAGAUGCAAAAGAGCGGUGGAUGGGGAGGAUUCAUUUAACCUCAAAUAUAAUGAAAUUGUUGCAAAUAUAGAGAUGAUUGAUGGAACUUUUGAAAAAGAGACACUUGUAAAGGUGUUAAUGGAUAUGUUAAACACAGAAAAGUAAGGGGAUUUUUGAUUUUUGCUGGAAAAUAUAAAUGCUUCUGACAAACAUA